AUCAGAACCAGUCCGCGUACGGACCGAUAGACCGAUGCGAUGGGCUGCGUGGAUGGGUGCAACGGCUGUCUGGGCGCGUUUUUUGGGCUCUGGCGGAAGCGGCCCCCGGCGAUUUCCGGCGAAGGCUGCCCUGAGAUUUUGGUGAACACGCCGGGGCACAAGGUGCAUGAUGCCUUCAGGGUCAAGAAGAGGGCCCUGGGCAAGGGCGGCUUCAGCACUGUGAAGCGCCUGAUCAACCGGAAGACCGGGCAGGUGUGCGUCAUGAAGGAGGUGCGGAAGAGCGCGGUGUCCAACUUGAGACUGUUGCAGGAGGAGGUGAAGCUGCAAGCGUCCAUGGACCAUCCCCACAUAGUGCGUCUCUUUGAAACCUUUGAAGACGAGAACUUCAUCGACAUCGUGAUGGAGAGCUGCCAUGGCGGCGACAUCCUGAGCCUGAUCGAGAAGUCGGGAGGAUUGACGCCUACAGAUGCUGCCCACCUCUUUAGACAGCUGAUGCUGGCACUGAGCUACAUGCACCACUGCCAGGUGGUUCACCGGGACAUCAAACCGGAGAACCUUGUGCUCAAGGAGCCCACAGAGCAGACGGUUCUGUGCCGCGCCAACGUGAAGCUCAUCGAUUUUGGCUUUGCCCGGAAGUUCGGGGAUGGCCAGGGGCGUCUGAAGACGAUCUGCGGCACCCCGCUAUAUGUGGCCCCGGAGGUUUUUACAGGUAGCUACACCGAGAAGUGCGACAUUUGGAGCAGCGGUGUCACGCUCUUCCAGAUGCUUUGCGGGCAGCCGCCUUUCAAGGCAGACAGCGUCCAGGUGAUUCUGCAGCAGUCGCGUCAGGGAGUGCCGAAGAGUGGCACAGGUGCGUCCGAGGGCCUGGUCUCCUGGAUGUGCGACUUGCGCGCAGACGCCCGGCCCUCGGCCCAGCAAGUCCUGGAGAGCUCAUGGCUUUCGGCCACAAAUGAGCGCCUCUCGAACGCGGAGACCUCCGAUGAGAUCGCCACGAAUUUGCAGAACUUCUCUGAGAUGAACCCGUUGAAGCGGGCCUGUUUGAAUGCCAUCGCCCACGUCAUGGAAGACUCGGACAUCGAGCGGCUGCGGCAGACCUUUGAAUCUUUGGACUCAGGUGAGGGCACCAUCUCGCUGGACACCCUCCGAAAGGCCAUCUCCAAGUCCGCAGACGCGGACAGCAUCUGCAGCAGCCUGACAAAGGACGGGUGCAGGGAAAUGGAUUACACUGACUGGGUGUCCGCGAAUGUGCAGCCGCAGCAGUACCUGAAGGAGGGAUACUGCUGGGAGGCCUUUCGGAUCAUUGAUAAGGACAGCAGUGGCAAGAUCUCUGUUCCGGAGCUGUGCCAAGUCCUGGCCCGCCACGGCGCCUCGCGCUGUGGCGGGCUGGACGAGGCCAAGUGCGAGCGCCUGGUGGCGGAGUUCGAUAAGAACGGAGAUGGCGAGAUUGACUUUGACGAGUUCCUGGACCUUCUGGGCUCGCCCUCAACGGCUUCCGACAUCUCUCCUGUGCGGCCGUUUCGCGUGAAACCAAUGCGUGAUGCACCGUGAUGCCUCCCUGGGUCCCGGAUGGGAGUUCCACCUCCGAGAAGACCCUUCUGUCUCUCCCGAGUUGGGAGAAGAGCGUUCGGUACACCUUGAUGCGUAGUGAUGCUCUUGCUGUUCCAGAUGGGAGGGGAUUGCAUAAUUUAGCUACAGAGGUGGCUAGAAGGCUGCAGGAGACGAUUGCAGCGGCGUAUCUCUCGCGCCGCGGCAGUUGGCACCCUGCAUUAUAAAGAUGCAGCUUCUGAUUUCAAGGCCACCGCUAGAUUCAGAAGAGUUGAGCCCCGCAGUUCCAGCGAGCCUGCUCCCAAGAAGCAGCUUGCUGGCAUCUGCUCCGGGUGCAGAAAGUGACAUCACAACGUUGUCGAAAUUUGUCAGGGACCCCACGAACCAUCCCUCC